UUUGGAAGUUUUUAUGAUGUGUAUAAUUUAAGACAAUUCUUCAGCAAAUACUUCAGUAUGACUAAGAGGUGGGCAUAUCGUUGCUUCAAUAAAGCUAGUAGGAUUUUUACGUCUGGUAUUUGGAUAGGCCUAACUUGUAAAGCAUGGAAAUGAAGCCGUUUAUUUCGUUAUUUUUUAUGUAACCAUUUGAGUUUUCCAUAUUUCCCCAAGUUGGUGAGUUGUAAUUUUAUGCUAUUUAAUGUAAUAUUAAAACCUCCACAUUUUUUGUGCCAAACUUAAAGGAAAGAACAGAAUAGGUGGAGGGAACAUUGAUAUAUAUCACAAAGAUCCUAGGUAAUUGCUUACAAAGUGACUACACCUUUGCAACAUAGAUUUAGUUUCAGUUCCAUUUGUUACAAUGGAUAUUCUUUGCUACGACAUACUGUCUGCAGGUUUGAAUGCAGGUCAGCAAGAUUGCAAGACCAGUACGUUACCACUGCACUACACAGCACACAGGCCCCUUUUGCUCCAACUAAUAACCUUGGGGAUACUCUAGGGAAUCCAGAAAUGCCACACCACUAUGUGAACCAAACCUUCCUUAUCAUCAGAUUCUUCAGUUUCACCAUGUCAUUAGCAGAGUCUCAGAGUAAUGGUGAAGCAGGUGUGGUUAACCUGAAAACAGAAAAGGCACACAUGAAUGGAACUCUUAAUGAUACUGCUAAUGGUUGUGAAAAUGGAAAUGAGCAUGCUAUGAGGCAUGACGAGUACCAGUACUUAGACCUGAUCAGACAGAUAAUGAGGACAGGCAACAGGAAGGGGGAUAGGACUGGCACUGGCACUAUUUCCAUGUUUGGUGCCCAGAUGAGAUAUUCACUUCGAGAUGGUAUUUUCCCUCUUCUGACUACAAAGCGCGUGUUCUGGCGAGGUGUUGCUGAAGAGCUGCUUUGGUUUGUGAGAGGUUCCACUAAUGCUAAAGAACUACAGGAGAAGGAUAUUCACAUUUGGGAUGGAAAUUCCUCCAAGGAAUUUUUAAACAAAAUGGGAUUCCAUGAUAGAGAGGAGGGGGAUCUGGGCCCGGUAUAUGGGUUCCAGUGGCGACACUUUGGAGCUCCGUAUGCAGACAUGCACACUGACUAUACAGGUCAAGGUGUGGAUCAGCUUCAGCAGGUAAUAGAUACCAUCAAAAAUAACCCAGAUGAUCGCCGUAUCAUUAUGUGUGCAUGGAACCCAGUAGAUGUGCCCAAGAUGGCCCUUCCUCCAUGUCACUGCUUGUGCCAGUUCUACGUAGCAAAUGGGGAACUUUCUUGUCAACUAUAUCAGCGUUCAGCUGAUAUGGGUCUUGGAGUUCCCUUCAAUAUUGCCAGCUAUGCACUUCUUACGUACAUGAUUGCUCAUGUUACUGACCUGAAGCCUGGUGACUUUGUACACACACUGGGAGAUGCUCAUGUUUACUCUAACCACUGUGAAGCUUUAGAGGAACAACUCAAGAGGGAGCCGCGACCAUUCCCCUCCCUGAAGAUCAAGAGGAAAGUGGAGAACAUCAGUGAUUUCAAGUUUGAGGACUUUGAACUUGAUGGUUAUAAACCCCACCCAAAGAUCAAAAUGGAAAUGGCCGUGUAAUAUUAUAAUAAAUGCUUAUUUGUCAGUUCUCAAAUUGUCUCCUGUCGAUUAGGGUUUAAUAACUAGCAAAAACUAGAAAGUAUGAUACGUAUUUCAUGUAGGUUUAGACAUUUUAACUCACUGGUAUGCCAUGUUUACUGCGAAGUUACUUUAUUAAUCUUGUGUCAUAAGUGCAGUCACCAAGGAGAAAAUUACUAGGCCUACUUGAUUGCUUUUGUUUACUCUGUUCCUUGAAUUUCUGAUAAAACAGAUUUAUUACUUUUAGGGCUGUUAUGAUUAGGGAAUUUAUAAUGAGGAUAAUAUCAACAGUGAUAAUAACCUUCAUCAUGACGGUAAUAGUUGCAUAUAAUUUUUUCUCUGAAAAUGUGAGUGGUAUAAAUAUAUGAGGUCGGGUAGGCUUAGUAAUUUACUCCUUGAGUAAGUGCUUUUGAAGCUGUCUAUAAAACAAUUAAGAUUAAAUUUGCAGAAGACAGUGCAAGUACCCAGCACCAAUGGGUUAACUGUAGAGCCUUAACCAGAUUAUACCUUGUAGGUGAUAAUCUUGUAUUGUAACCAAAGAUACAAAGAGGUGUCAGCAUUAAAAAUACCAUGAAAAUUUUGUUUUGCUGUGAUUUUAUAUACAUGUUGAUUCUAGGCUUGACACUAUCAAACUUCUAAAAAUUUUAUAUUU